AUGCCCUCCAGGCUGCCCGCCUCCGCGCUGGCGGCAUUCUCCGGCGGCCUCCCCCCGGCGCUCGCCGCCGCGCCGCUGCUCCAGGCCGCGCCGCGGGUGCAGGCUGCGGCCGCGGGCUGCAGCCCCAGCGCGGCCGCUGCAGGCGCUGGAGGGGGCUACCCGCCCGCGCUGGCACCCGCCGCCGCCGCCAUGCGGUCCCCCGCGCCGGAGCCGACGGCGCCCUCGUCGCAGCCGUCGCCGCCGCCGAUGGAGGACGAGUUGGACAACGUUUGA